AAGUAGACUACCUAGGACAUGUAGGACAGUGUUUUGUUGAAAAAGAAUCAAAGCUGGCUUGGGAGGCACUUUGCAUCUGAGACUUCAACGCACAUUCCUGGUGAUAAAUUUCAGUUCGGACACAAAACACAAUUUUCGAUUGUUUCAUUUUAUCAAAUCGAAAGGCAAAAUGGCGACAGACGAAAAUGCGGAAAGCCCAAACAUCAAGGGCCGAGUACGCCUAACUACAGCUAACAGCUGGAAGUAUUUUGCCGACCCAACUAACAAAUGGCUCGUGAUUGAAAGUGACCCCUAUUGCGUGACAAAAGUUCGGUGUCGGAUUUGCGCCAAAUAUCACGAAGAAUUGAAAAGUUUCCGGAACUUUAGCAGCAGUUUUGUGACUGGGGUGACGGGUCAGAAUAUCAAGAAGGAUAAUGUUUUGAAACAUCAGAAGUCUGAGCAGCAUGUACGAGCGAUGAUGAUGGAACACUGGAACAAGCCGAGUGAUGGCCUAGAGGUUCCUUCCCGUAUGGAUAGGCUUAAUGCAGCAGUUGGGACUGGAUUGAAGGGACAACAACCGACUUUCAUUCAAUCAACUGGAGCUGCUGAUGCGGUGAAAGUAAAAGUAGAAGUCACAGAUAAGCAUGCGUCAAGAGGUGAUGGUAUGGACCAACAGAUGCUGGUUCAGGAGAUGGAUGAAGCUAGGAGUGACAUGAAAGAGGCGCCCCCUAGCAAUGAUGAGAAUGAACUAAAAGUGACGGAACAACGGCUGAUUGAACUGACAUACAUGAUGGCGAGGGAGGAGAUCGAUUUUAACAAGUUCCCCGCCAUUGUUGAGUUAGAAAAACAUCACCAGGUGGAGCUUGGAACUGAUGCCAGUCAAGAAAGCUUCGAACAAUUAACAAAAUGCAUCGGUGAAGUUUUCCGCAAAGAUUUGAAACAGGAACUCUUGGACUUGAAUGAUUUUUCAAUCUUGAUUGAUCGGGUGCACGAGUUUGAUGGUUUUGAAGACGUGCUGCUUGUUUAUAUUUUGUUUGUUGAUGCAAAGACUGGUAAAUUAGAGAUACGGUUCUUGAAACUUGUUCCUGUUGGUGAUGGGUCAAGUGAAAACAUACUUUUAGCUUUGCGUGGCAUCCUUGAAGACUUUGAAAUUACGAGUCGUUUUGAUAAACUUAUCGGUCUAGGUUAUGAUGGGAUUGAUGCAAGUUUUGAUCUGAGAAAUGAGACUCUGGCCUUUUUUCGCGGACAUGUGUCCUGGUUGGUGGGUGGCAGUGGUUACAGCCAUAGGUUAGAAGAAUCGGUGAAAGAAAUGCUUUCCGGCCAAAAAAUGGCGGAGGUGAUUGAAGUUUUGAUACUGAUGAAGCGCAUGUAUGAAAAGAUGCCAGUUAAGUGCGUUGUUCUUAAACGGGUGGCCUCGAUCGUUGAGAAUCUGAGAUCCGAACCAGAAAAAUGGGUGCAGCAUAUUUACCUUGCUUGUAAGGAAGUUACUGUCAAUAGUUCCCGCAUAUCAAAAUGCCUCAAUGUGACAUCAAAAAACUUUCCGGUUCGCAAAAUAUUUGAAAAGAUGAGUUCCUGUGAUUUCUUCACAACUGCAUCGUUUCUUCAGAGUUUUAUGAUGCCGCUGGAUCGAGCAUCACAAGCGUUACAGCGUAGUUCUCUAGAAACUGGACAUUUGCUUUCUUCUUUGCAACAUGCCAAGGAUUCGGUCAUCAACUUUCCUCGUGUUGAUGGCAAGACGUUGGCAGAACUUAUUGGGGAGUUUCAGAGUGGUGGCUCAACUUCUGAAAUAGGUAACCCGGGGCUGGAGCGAGAUAAUGUGGCCCAGGGGACCAGAAAUCUCAUCAAGCCAGAUGAAAACUCAGACCAGUCGAAAUCAACAAAUGAUAUCUCAGGUCAUGUCGUCGAGAAGAUGAACAAACUACUUAAUGCUGUCAGUUCCAGACUGGAUUUGGGUGAUGAGAAAACAAUAGAAGUGGCUCAAAUUUUGGACACAAGACUUUGGCCCUCGGAUACAAAGGCCCUUCAAGAGUAUGGGAACAGUCUGAUUAGAGACUCCGCCACCUCAAACUUUGCAAACAUCUUUCUCCCGGACGUUGAUGAGCUCCUGUCUGAAUGGAAUGCAUUCAAACUGUUUGCCAGUCGGUGUCUGCUGAGUUUGAAGCCAGCCGAUGUCUGGGGAAAGCUCCACGUCCACUACCGAGCAGACUACCCGCACUUGGCCAAGCUCAUCGAAGUCUUGAGGCUGUUUCCUUACAGCCCCGAGUUGUUGGGGAAAUGUUUCUCGACGCUGGGGAAGGCUAGACAAGACUGGCGAGCCACCCUUGGGCUUGACACCAUGGAAGCUUUGCUGAGGAUAAAGCACUGUGGUCCACCUUUAAAAGAAUUCAGUGCAAGAGAAGUCGCGGAAUUCUUUCCUGCAUUCAAGGAGACUUGUGCUCUUGGUGAGUGUAAAGUGCUGAAGAUGGAGCCCAGUGCUGAUGAUGCUAAGGCAAGGGAAUUGGACGAGGAAAGUGAUGAGCCUGCCCGUAAAAGGCCUUGUCUGGCAUUUCAAGACUAAAACUUUAAGCAAUUGACCAUGGUGUAGCAACGAAUCGGUCAGUACUUGGCCUUCUUAACGUAUGGCAAUAACUGGUAUACAUGUAUUUCAUUCUCCAAAUGAUAUGAAAAGGGUUGACCUUGUUUUUUGGUCGUAAUUGAAUUCAAUGUUGAGCUUUUAUUUUCUGGUCAAGGAUAGUUCACGACUUAUAGAACUAUUAUACCAUUCCUAAAGUGAAAAAUUGCAAAAAUAUCAUAGUUAUUUAGUAUUAUCCUUUUCAAUUUUGUGUAACACAAGUUUAUUGAAAUAUGUAACCUGUCUCGACUGCUUUUGUAACUCGUUUUAUUGCAUUGAUUGGUUCAUUCAUGGUCGAAAUGUGAAUGUCAUUUGCCACAUAUGUGUUCUUGAAUAAAAACCAACAUCGGACAAAAGUUUGAACUCUUUCUUUGUGCCAUUGUGGCAUUGCGCUCCCUCAAUUACAGAUGACAACCUUUGAUUGGAGGUCGGCUUGACCUAAAGUGAAUGCCCUCAGUGUCUGAGCCCCUGCUCCUUGGA